UACAGAUAAGUAUCAGUAAAAGGUUCCGUGUUCCACUCAAACAGAAAAACAACGAAGAAAAGAACAGAAAACAAAACCCUAAUUCAAAUCCAUUAUCCAUACAUCAUUAAAUUUUCCAUCUGUUUCCUUCACACGGAGACAGAGACAGAGGCUCUUUCGUUUGGCGGAGCAAAGCCAUCGAUCCUUUCGUGUUUGGGACCAAUCGCCCUCCCAAUUUCAUCAUGGCCAAAGCCUCGUUCAAGCUUCAACAUCCUUUGGAAAGAAGGCAGGCUGAAUCUGCUCGCAUUAGGGAGAAGUAUCCUGACAGGAUACCGGUAAUUGUGGAGAAAGCUGAUAGAAGUGACAUUCCAGAUAUUGAUAAGAAGAAAUACCUUGUCCCAGCUGAUUUGACUGUUGGUCAGUUUGUUUAUGUUGUCCGCAAAAGAAUUAAGCUCAGUGCAGAGAAGGCUAUUUUUGUUUUUAUCAAUAACACUCUACCUCCAACUGCCGCAUUGAUGUCUGCUAUUUAUGAGGAAAAUAAGGAUCAAGAUGGCUUUCUUUACAUGACUUACAGUGGAGAGAACACCUUUGGAUCCCACUAGGCAUAAUUUAUGAUAACCUCUGUGAAUAGUUCCUGCAAGAUGUAAAUUCUCUGCAGUCGAUUGUCAAUAUUUGGCCCACUGAGUAUUGUUAUCCUGCACUUUGAUUAUGUUCUUUAUCUUUAACUUAUGAAUAUCUAUCAAUAUAUUAAGAUUUCGUUAUCACGCAUUUGAAU